CUCUGAUUAGGAAGACUGCGGGAGAAAAAAAGCACACACCGAAAGGAGACUCGAAGCCAUUGAAUGGGAGUCGUGACACAAGAAACACCAACGAAAGCGCGACACCCGCGAGCGUACUUUUUGUCACUUCCUCUGGGAAUUUCAACAAUCUCUUGGAAAAAGAUAUCUCUCUUUCGCAAGCUUUCGAGGUCAAGUUUCGCUUUGGUGCAAGAAAAAGUGGAUAUGUCGAACGACGUGCAAGUCUCGCGAUGUAAAGCCCCGGGAGCAAUUCGUCCGACCGUAAUUUUGCCGUACGCGGAAAACUAUUCGGCUGCCUGUAUUGUACGAUUGAAUUACAGUCACGACAACCGAAACCUUCCGUUCCUCAAGAAUCAACUGAAAAUUCGAUCGCAACGCAAGGAAAGUACCGUUGGAAGAUCUCUCUGUCGCCUCAGGAAUAUAUUCGGUCACUUGAACCGAACAUUAACGUUGUCAAGAGGUUGUUCUUCCCAGCUGAACUUUCUAGUUCAAAAAGUGUACACUGAAGAGUUCUUUCUAGCAGAGGCGACGUCAGAUGUUACUGUUCUUUCCACCAAUGCAACAGAACUUAAUGCGGCAGUUCAGUACAUUGCGAGGACAAAAUUUACACCAGUUCAGGCAGUUUAUUUGAAAAGAACAGAUCUACAGCUAUUAGAUAGGUUCUACGCGUAAUGGAGGUGCCAAAUUCUUCAUGUGCCAAAUUUUAAGGACUAAUCUGGUACGCUUGUACGAUGUAAUCGCCGAAUAGGCCAAACUAUUCCAAGUUGAAAAUUUCCAACUCGAAGAAGAAAAUUUCUAGUUGUCACUACAGUCUUGCCAAAAUGGUACCUACUAACUUUCUCUCCCUCUCCCUCUCUCGUGUUGGCUGCAUUGUGUCGUCGCCAAGGUUGCCAUUGACCACGACGGUCGCACAUAUACACACAAUGUGCGUCCGCUCGCGUGUGAGCGAGUUACACGCACGCGGCCGUCCCAGGAACAGCUACGCAGGAGGAGUGGGUCGAGGGGAGGCGGAGGCGAAGGAGGGAGAAGACGAAGGGACACGGUAGGUCCCACGAAUAGGUUGGUCGAUCUAUCAGCCGGGCCUGAUGCGUGUACACGGUCCGCAGUAUAGAUCAUCCUCAAUGUCUCGGAGCCUCCCACCUAAGUAUUCCCAUUAAGAUUGUAUCGUCCGGCCAAAACUAAUAACCAAUCACCCCCGGUACGGCGGGUAUAGGUGCUCGCGGCUUUAUCAUUAUCCAAUAUAUUCGAUAUUAUAGU